AUGCCCCGACCGCAUCUUCCGGGCGCCUCGUCCCUCAGAAAUCGCAACCGGAUUACCAACAAAACCCGUCUCCGCAUUAUCAAGGGCAAUGUCGACGCAGAAGACGUCUUCAUCCCCGACGAAGAGGAGGAGAAACAUCGCCUUACCAACCUCGUCGCUGGAGUCGACGCUGAGGAUGCCAAUGAGGUUCUGUCGGCGGCACACCGGACUCAGGUCACAAAGAAGGUUGAGGACAAGUCCGCGUAUAUCCCUACACCUGACUCGACUGGCGUCGUCGAUAAUGCCGAUGAACUCUACCCCCCUGGGCGAUGGCGCGAUCCUGCGACUUAUGUCUGCACCUCGGCCGGUGUCGAGGAGUCUGUCGCCAAUGGUAUCGCCGGAGGCUUCACAUAUUACAUGGACGAACGGGACAAGGAGUGGCUCGAUAAGAACAACGAAGAGGCUAGAGGCGAAGGAACCAGUGCCCAGGGUGCUAUCUCUUCAGCAUCGGGCACCCGCACCUCUGCGCGCAGUGCCAAGGCAAAGGGCAAAGAGCCUGAUGUCAACCAGCCAACGACCAUCUCUGAAGACGAGUUUGAGCUCGUGAUGGGGCUGUUUGAAAAGGUUGCCCAUGAAAAGACAGAGUUUCUGCAUCUCGGCCUGGUCACUGGAGCCAACUUUCCACCUUUCUCAGAAUAUGAAUCAAUCUUCUCGUCGCCUCUCACUCCCGCCACGUUCGCUGCAUACACCGUUCCCUCCUGGAUACCUCAACCCCCACAUCUACUCCGGCUCGCACGAAUAAUCUAUCCGUAUUGGAGAGAGCGAAGACUCGAACGUCAAGGUCAUCGUAUCAUACCCACCCUCAACUUUGACGAGACCGACACCACCAAUGAGUCUUAUAUCUGUUUCCGACGGCGCGAGAUCAAGGCUGUUCGCAAGACCCGCCAAACUCAAGUUACCUUUUCCGACAAACUUGCUCGACUGCAGACCGAGUUUGCGUACCCAUUGGAGUUGGCCAAGUUGGUGCUGCAGCGGGAGAUGGUGAAGAAGGAAUGUGCAGUGCAGGGGCGGCAGAUUUGGGAGAGGCGAUUAGCUUUGGUGGAUCUCAAGCGCAAGUUCCCUUCGUUCUCGGGGCAAGACGAAGAGCUGUUGGUGGACAAGGAACGACCAAAGAAGGAUGUUGUUCGCGUACCGCCACGACCACCUCGUCCAACCGAGGUCCUCACGCCUAUUCCCCAAGUCGUCAUCAAGCCUCGCGAGCGGAUCGCACAGGUCAAACAGCAAAUCGAGGCUACUCUCGCGAAGCAGAAGGAAGUGGACAGGAGUUGGGAAGAUGUCGUCGACAAUCCUUACCAAGCUCCUCCCGUUCCUUUUGCUUCUCGUCUCUUCCAAUAUGUCCCUCCCUCCGACGCACCCUCAUACCCUUCCAAUACCUCGGACAAGACCUCGGACAGCGACGAAGAGCCCCCGGCGAAGGUUCCUCGGAUCUCUCGUGCGGUUCGGCUUCGCUAUGGCCGUGGUGGCCGCCUCCUCAUGGAUCGCCGGGACCCUACGCCUCGACGACCUAUACCAAAGGCUGCUCGCUCAUCGCUGUUUGGAGGUGGCGACGAUGACAUGCAAGUCGAUGUCCAGGACCCCGAGGAGGUUGAUCGCCUGAAGCGCCUCGAAGCUCAGUGGAGGUUCGAUGCUGAUGACGGUCCUCCUUGUGGUCCAGAUGGUCCUGACGAACAAGAUCGUCUGCUGUUGGAUGACUAUGAUCCCAAGUACCUACGAUACGCAAUGACCUUGUUCACUGACACCGACCACGCGCAUCUAUCCACCGACCCGACUAUCCAUCUCCCCAAUGCAAAUGGCCAGCAAUCCUCGGUUAUACCUUACCGACUCGGUAUGCCACCGAUGGUGCGGCGAGAUCCGCAGGGCAAUCUUCGACCUAUCCACCCCGUCCAUGGAAUGUUCCUUGGACCUGUUCCUUAUCCUGGUCUGCUCGCUACGCCUGUCGCGAUGCAGCAUCAAAUCAAGAAGAUGCCACCUCCCAACGCGCUACCUCAAAUGCGUAUCUCUUCCAAUGGCGGUAUGCGACCACCGAGCGUUCCUGGUGUCGCGCUCGCCGCUGUUGGACCUCAGCAGUCGCCACCGCCGCCGACCGCUAUCCCUCAGAACCCAGCGACUAAUGGUAUCGCAAGACCUGCCAUUGCCAUGCCGCAUGUCGACUUGGUCAAGCCUGCCGAGCCGGUAGCGAAUGGAACACCGGCGCUUGCGUCUCAGCAGGCGGCGGAACGUCAAACCUCUCCACCUCAGGAGAUGGCCACCCCCGCCAAUGGCAUUAGUCCGCAACGACCCAAGUCGCAGAACCAGACGCCUAUGGCUCUCGGCGUGCCUACGAACGGCUACCACCUCACCUCGCUCAAUCCCGCCAGUGCGGCUACCGCCGCCGCCGCCUACGCACAGCUGCAGGCCAACCAACGGGCGCAGUUGAUGCUUCAGCAGAAGACACCGCAGGAUAUCAAGGCUGCGUUCGCCAAUGCUGGGUUAAAUCUCACGCCGCAGGAUUUGGCGGCUCUUCAGGCGCAGGCUGCUACGAACCGCGCGAUGUACGCGAAUAGUGCAGCGGCUGCUCAACUCGCUGCUGGGAAUUUGAACCUCAAGCUCCCGGCUGCGCGACAGAUGCAGUGGGCGUUGGGUAUGAACCUCCAGCGGCCUGGAUCAGCUGUGCCAGUCAACAACGCCGGAGGAGGGGAAGGCGGUGGUACUCAAGUGCAGAUGGGUCAAGCGCAGAUGGUGAAUGGGGUCGGGAUUGGGAUUGCCUCCCCCAAUCCGCAGCAUAUGAUCCCUGUGCGAUCGCCUUCUGCGAAUGGGAUGCGUCCUGGGAUGAGGAUAUCGUCUACGGGGCAGAUGCAGCAGAUGUCACCACAUAUGCAGCAUAGUUCGCCUUCUCCGCUUCCGAAUAUUGCGCAGCAGUCGCAGUCUCCGCCGAGAGUUCCGAUGACGCCUGCUAUGGUUAUGGCUUCGCCUCCGCAGCAGCAGAAUGGGUAUUAG